CUGACGACGAGUACACACAUCAUUGCCUAAUAUUAGCCAAACCUCUCGAUACUCCCAUGAAUAGCAUCCAUGUUCAAAAUGCAAACAGAAAAGUCGAUGUUUUCAGUCCUGCCCACUGAGCUUUUCCUCAGCGUCCUAGACGAGCUGAUUCGAACGCGGUCAGGCAAACAUCCAGUGGCCUUUCCCCCCUCCGAUCAAGUCACGAAGACUCUACGCGCAUUGACACUCACAUCAAAGGACAUAUAUCCCAUUGCUUCGGAAUACUUAUAUACACAUUGUGUCUGGCUGGGAAACAAUAAAACGUUGGAACUAUUCGCGAGGACUCUCGGCAUAGAUCUCCCCGCAUCCUCAACCGGUCGACUCUGUUAUGGCAGCUUGGGACACAGUUCAUUCUUUCGAGAGACCAAGGUCUUCAGCCAUAUCACAUCGAUGUACCUAUCCCCAUUUAGGCCUCAUUUGAAAAACAUAGGCGUGCGCAUUAGCCAUUUCUCUACUAUCGUCGACCUACUCAGAGCAGUCAGCUCCACCAUAAAGACGCUAUACAUUGAUUUCCAGCCUGAUUCUGCAUCUUAUGGGGGGCUAGGGCCGGCCAAAACAUAUCCAAAAAGUAGUGUACUCCGGGAGAUGCAUAAUCUGGAAGAACUAGUCAUCUCAUGGGACUACGAGGAGUGGUUCUCCUGCCCUCCACCGAACGUCAAGCGCCUGGCAAUAUCAACCAGAAACCUUGUAGAUGGCUGGGUUGACUGGUUAGAUUCAACACCCCGUCUAGAGAUCCUCGUUGGGCUGUCCGCACCGGGACUGUCUGACGAUGCAGUCAAGAAUGCGUUCGCAAAAUGUUCGUCCGACCGGCGAGCGCCACUCGACAUCGUUUUUGCCGGCAUCUCGUGGUUCCACUCACCCGUGAAAGGUGAUAUUGACUGGAAAGACACCGACCCAAUAAGGUAUUGGGAGGUUGACAUUCCUGUAAGCUACUACGGUGAUGAAAAAACAUCAGCUAUGUGUGAACGAUGGAUCUGGGAGAAUGGCCUUCGAGGUUCUCUAUUCAAUAGUGACAAAUCACUUAUGAUGACCGAAAAUCAAGAGAGGAGAGUUGAUGAUGCGAUAUACUCUGCUGGUUUCGUAUAGUACGGAGUUGUUGGCCGAUGUCUAGGUUCAGGUUUUCGAGCGAUUCACGUUGACGGGAUAGGAGUAAUCGACUGGUCUGCAAGGCGACAUUAUACACCCUUUCGCCUGUUAGGUAGAAUGAGAUGCAUGAGUUCGAUUUUUCAUCUAGUGGAUUAGCUCAUAUCAUUCGCAUAUAAUUAGCUAUAUCUAGAGGUAUUUGUAUUAAUUUGCCAGCCUUUUGUCGCG